GAAGAUGGAAGUAAACUCUUUAUUUUUUUACCCAGCUGUGCAGGAGUGGAGGGGGGAAGCUAUGUCUUUCCUCCACCUGAGCAUGAGAAGUGGCUUCUGCCCCUCCACCACUUUUGCUGAGGCCUUGUCCCAUCCCUUCAGAGAUGUUCAGGAUGAAGGAGCUGUUAUGAGCAUUUGUUUGGGCCUCCCCACAGUGGAGAUGUUGCAACACUGUCCCCCAGUAGAGCCUGUAGGAUUUUAUAUAGUAACUCCUUCCUCAAUUUAAGCUUGUACAAUGUACAGUGCUCCUGAUCUUCCCCACCAACCAUGGUACCACGCACUGGUUACUGUGCCCUCACACUGAUGUAAGUGUGUUAUCUCCAUCCUACAGAAGAGCUUAUUAAAAUACUCAGGAACACAAAAUCAGCUCAUCCUGUCCUGCUGUCUCAAGCAUCCAUGAAUAAUACCUUUCAUAAAUCACUUGUAUCUUAUCACAGAGGUAAGUGCAGUUCUUUUUACUAUACUCAGACCUUAAUCUUCUCAGUAGACCAAGGGUUUUAGAGAUGCUGAAGUCUCCAGACCCUGAUGUUUUAGUGGUCCUUUGAAGCUUAACCUUGGAUCUCAGAGUCAGUCAUCCCUGUUCCUCUUGCAUGCCAGGGGACCUGCCUGUCACCUGGAGCCUUAUUUAUAGAUGUGUCUGGUGGGAAGAAAAGAGCUUGCAGGAAAUGUCUGUGCUGCUGUACAGAAGGGUGUUGUGCCAUGUAAACUGAGAACAGCUCUGCACCUGGGGUGCCUCUGGGCUUCAGCUUGAAAAUCACAGCUUCUCCUGAUCCUCUGAAAGUGAUCAGUGUCCUGUAGGUUCCCUUUCUCUUUGGCAGUCUGCUCUUCUCUAGAAGCGGUCUCUGGCCUUCAUUUUGCUUGUUGAAACUUGCUGGAUGCAUCAAGCACAGGUGCCUUAAGGUGGACCUUAACAGCUAAACUCUACUCUCACCUCCAUCACUUCCACUUGGGCCUACAGCUCCAUCCCAGCAGGUGGUUUAUAACACCGUGGGGCAGAUCAGCUCAUGGGGGUGAGUGCUGGCUCACAGGUGUGUGUCAGAACACCUGAAAUAGUGUGGGGUGUCUAAAACCUGCUUCCAGGGACUGUCUGGGGAGCAAAGUCACUGUGCCAGGCUGGGUGUCAUGCUGCAGUCUGGAGCACGGUGUUCCUAUCUUGGCAUCAGUCUCUCCUUUUGGUAAAUGCAGCAGAGAUUGAUGGGUUUGUUUUGCUUAGGUGGUAAUGAAGCAGUUAAUUGCACUCGGUAAUGGCUGUCUCUGCCCAGCUGCUCGGGGAAAUAUCUUCGAGGCUUGCCCCACGGAUCCUGGGCUGUGUAAGCACAUCCAAGCCAUCACUCAAAUCCCUGUCCGCUCGCCUUUCCCAGCUCCCUUGCUGAUUGUUUUGCUCUUUCCAAACACGCUUUAUCUCCUGUUUUCCCCAGCCCUCUGUGUUAAAUGCCGUGUGCAGGGGUUGGCAGCAGGAGCGGUGCCAGCCUGGGCUCCUGCUGGCGCAGCCCGGCGCUCCGUGGCCGCGCACCUGUGGGUGCAGGAGCUUGUGCUGCUGGCCGAUCAGCGCAUCCCCACCGUGCUGGGAAUACCCACCGCGGCUCCUCGCUGUGCCCAGCCUCUGCUCGGCCGUGACCGAUCUGCACAAACCCUUCCGACUCUGCCACGGGCUGAAACAUUUCCCUUCCCUCCCGCCUUCACCGAUAGUCCCGCUGCUCUGAUGGAGCACGAACUGCCGCUCCUGCGUUGCGUCCAUUCCAUCCAACAGCUGCAUAGUUGGGUUAUUUUUCUUCACUGGACUUUUAAGUAUUGUAAAGGUCGUCCAAGCAUCCUAAAGUCACCUUCCACCAAAACGAACAUCUCAUAUUUAAAAUGCAGCAAAGCUGUUCUUCCCAGUUCAUCUUGCCAAAUGACAGUUUUCCCCCCUUUAACGUCCCAGCCGCGCGGGACAGGAGCAGGCAGCACUUUCACAAGCCGGGCUGCUCACCUGCUGCCACAGCACCGGCUCUGCCUGGGCCGAGCCAUCAGACUUAUAGGUCAAGCGCUUGAGCUGCGUGGCAGAUUGUGCUUGGGGGGUGCGGACCGAGUCCUUCCAUCCUCUGCUCUGCUGUCACGCAGAAGCGUUAAAGAGAGCAAAAUAUUGGUCAAGUGUAAGCGGUUCAAUGGUGAAAGCUUUCCCACCUGGCACAGUGGCAGCGAUCGCGCUGUCCCCCGGGUCCCCAGCGGGUACAGCUGGCACCCGGUGCUGGGGUCUGGCACCAGCGCCACGGAGCCUCCGAUCCCCCGGGAUGGCACCGAGGGAGGUCUCAAGUGAGAAAUCAGAUUUCCAACGCUCCGUGCGCCCACAGGAGAGCACGAUCUGCAGCGUGAAGCCGCCGAACCUCGCGGGGAGCGCGCAGCUUUCCCGGCCGGGGCAAGAGCAGCAAUUCGUAUUUUCAUGCCCAAGCCCUCUGGACAGAAGGCAGCGGCGCUUGUCCCCUGUGCCAGGCACGGCUCCCGGAGGGGAUGGUCUGUCCCGGAGCGGAUGCUUGCCCGCAUGAAAGCACAGAGCAUAAGAAGCAGAAGCCUUGGCAAACUGAGGACACCCAGCCUGGGAGAGAGAGAAAAUUUCACAUGGUUUGAGAAACCAGAGCCAACAGAAAAUUAAAA